AUGACGCCGUGGAAACGCUUCGUGAUGGCCCAUACGGUGGCCGCGUCCUCCCCGAGCGCCACCGCCUACGCUGAGAGCGUGGCCGCCUACGCCGAGAGUGCCGUCACAUCCACAUUGAGCGUGGCCACAUCUGCCGAGAAGGUGUCUGCGGCAGCCAAAAGGGCAGCUGCAGCAGCCGAGACGGCUGCAGCAGCUACUGUGAUGGCGGCUGCAAACGCCGAGAGCGCUCGAGCUACCGUCUGGGCCGCCGAUGUCGCCCUGGCCUGGGUCGAGGCCAUCCACGACAAGAUCGAGGACGCACACGCCAAGAUAUUCCAGGCCACCUCGGAAUCCAGCAUACAACCCACGUCCAAAAAGGCGGUAGCUAUCAUAUUGUGA